CUCUGACCUGGUACAGCGACAAAACGCGUCAGCCGGCAAUGCCGGUCGCGCGUGAUGAAGGCUUCGGGGAGCUGCUGACGGCACAGAUGGCUGCCAUCCAACAAGUGCUGUCGUUGAACGAAGCUUUGUGCAGGAAGUUUGAGAAUCCUGAAAAGCAGAAAGUGCACUGGACGAGGACCGGCAUCAACAGCAGCCCCGCCCUGUCGGAGCCCUUGCUGCCGCACGGCCAAUCCUCGCCGAACUUGUCGCUGGAUGCUAACAAACGACCUGAUGUGGAGCAAGCUGAAUCCAGGUCGCCUCUGAGCGCGAUCUCCAAGAAUUCCCUACGAAACCAGGCCUUGCAGUUUGGCUCACGCUGCAGGCGAGCAGCCACCAGACUCACCAUGGAUGUGGAACAUUCUGGCAACUUCAUGCGUUACAACCGACCCAUCCUGGCGAACACCAAGGAUGUGCGCAGCCUGGCGAAGGGAGUCUUGGACUCGAUCAAUCAACAGGCCCAAGAUCCGGAAAAACUCUACGCUGAGAAGGGCUGCUGGUCCCACAUCGCACGCAGCGGGUGGUUCAAAAAUCUCACGCUGUUUAUGGUGUUGAUGAGCACGGCAUGGAUUGCGAUCGACACCGACUACAACAAACAAGAGAGUCAGUAUGGCUAUGUUUUUAAGACGGUGGACAACAUCAUUUGUGCAUAUUUUUGCGUUGAAAUCACCAUCCGCUGGUUCGCCUGUGAAGUUUGCUCAAGGGCCCUUAGUGAUUGCUCCUUUCUCUUUGACCUGUUCUUAGCAGUGACCAUGUCGAUUGAGACCUGGGGUGCUGAAGUCAUCUAUUUGCUGACGGGUCAGAGUGCCAGAAGCUCUGGGUAUCAAGGUAUCACUCCCGCCUUGCGGAGCCUACGACUGAUUCGUAUCACGCGUGCAUUUCGCAUGUCUCGUUUGUUCCGCUCCGUGCCCGAGCUGAUGAUCUUGGUGCAAGGCAUGUUUCAGGGCGUUCGCUCUGUGUGCACCACCUUGAUCCUGUUGAUCCUGGUGACCUAUACCUUUGCCGUGGCCAUGGUGCAGCUGCUUCAGAAUAAAGAGAUUGGUGCGGGGAAGUUUGACAACGUGCCAACUGCUACGAAUUUCUUGCUGAUGCAGACCCUCUGCGGAUUUGAUACCAACUAUAUCACAUCCAUGGUUUACAUUGACCCACUUUCCUUCCUCUUUCUGUUGACCUAUCAGCUCUUAGGUUCUCUUACUCUCAUGAACAUGCUCACAGGCGUCAUGGUGGACGUGGUGGGAACCACUGCUCAGACGGAGCAGGAGGAGCAGAGUCUCAAGAUGCUCAAGAGGGACAUUGCUGAUGUGGUUAACCUCACCGACGAGAAUCAUGACCAGACAGUGACAGCUGUGGAGUUUGCACAUAUGAUGCAAAAUCCGGAAGCUGUCAGGAAGCUGUAUGAAGGUGGUGUGAAUGUCUUGGCUUUAGUGGACUAUGCGGAUUUCGUCUUCCGCGACACCGCGGAGCUGUCCCUGGAGGACUUCGUGGAGACCGUGCUGCAGUUCCGCGGCCAAAGUCCCGCCACGGUCAAGGAUGUAGUGGAUCUUCGUGUCUGUGUCUCCAAGGAAAUUGCUCGGGUAGACAAGACUGUGGCGGCCGCGAGCAAGCAAUGAGGUCUUGACAACUGAAGGAACUUCGCCUGUUUGGAACGUGAGGUUCCUGAAUCGUUUUUGGCCCGGAAAUCCGGGCCUAAAUACCUCGUGAGAGGAUGAACGGUUUGACACACAGAGCACAGUUGAAUGAUUGGCCAAGCCCCUGGUCUUUUCAAGUUUAC